AGGCGGGUAACAAUUUAAUCGGCUUCGGGUCAUUCGGGUUCGAGUCAAUCUUGGGAUUGAGGAUACAAUCCAAUCAUAGAUUUAGAAGUCGGAGAUGCUUAAAUUUUUAUCCAUUCAAUAAAACAUCUAUUAGUUACUUGCUCUGGAGUUCAGUAGUACUCUUACCAUUCAAGAUAUGAGAGGUGUUGCUGACCUUGAAGACAACAUCCAAUUCCAACUAGGAGGAGAGCAUCACCAACUGUCGAUCCGGGAAUUCACAAGAGCCAUGGAUAUUUACUCGGCAGAUUUCGUCGACUCACCGGACGCUUUUGCUAAAUUGACAAGGGAAUUUGACUUCCCAUGUUUCAAGUCCUUCUAUGAAUCUGAAGUCAACAGAUCCGACAGUCGACCGUGGGAUGUCAAGCUAUCGAAAGCUAGUGAGGUGAAACCGGAGUGGAGGCUCAAAGUAUGCAACUACCUCGAUGACUUCAUCUCGGUUUGGCUAUCUUGUCUAUCUUCAAGCGUUAUGAAUCGGACCAUCGACUCGCCGCCCUUCAUGGAGGAGUUUUUGUCACUCGUCUAGCCAAGUAUUUCCAAGUCAACAAUUUCUUAAUUUUAAUGUUUGAUUGUUCAAUAUAAGCAUGUCGUUAUCUUGGGAUUUAGAGUCCUUUGGUGUAAAAGCAUAAAUGAUGGGUUGCAAUCACUUCUAAUAACGAGUUCUAUCUAUAUUCCUCAACCUGAUCCAGUUCAUUCAAGGUGCCAAUCACAAACUUAUAUGGUGGAUUUAAGUGUUACUGUAUGUUGGAUUUAAGUGCGAACUAUUAUUUUGGUGUAUUUCUAUUUGUUAUUUCUCAUUUAUUAGAUGAGAUUUGAUAUAAUAUAUAAAUAUAUAUAUAUAUAUAUAUAUGAAUAAUAUAAUUACUUUUUCAUAUAAGCAUGAUAAAUCAAAUUAAAACAAUCAGACCAUUAAAACUUCACCCAUUUUCUCCACUGAACUACCGAGCUAAACCAGGUUGACAACCUUGUAGUCUCUCAACUUGACUAGACAAUCAAAGACUGGCAUUAGGUUAGCCUAAUCCAAAUAAAUAAAAAUAGCAACAAAUCACUAACAAAUGCUGAAUAAUAAUGUCGGGUUCUCAUCAAAUAUAAAGAAGGAUUUUUUUUUCUGCAUUUUUUAAUUAACAAGGGUGAAAAAGCAUUCAUUCACAUUGAUAAAAAUAAUUAUAUAAAAUAAUAUUUGAUAUUUAUAACCCUAGUUGUAUUGCUUAUUCAUAACCUUAGCUGCCUCGACUUUCUCCGCCUGCUACCUCUAUAAUUCUACCUUCUUUGUUGUGCAGGGUAUGAGAAUGGGGAUUUUCUAUCUUUUCCAUACUUGUUCAUUCUUGCAUGGUGGAUUCAACCCUAGCCUUAGAAUUUUCCUCCGCCAUCAACCCACUGCCAGGCAUAAGCCUCAUGUUGUCCUGCGUUCAUCGGCUGUGAAGGUGCAACAUUUUCCUCUUCUCCGACCUAUGGACGUUGUGUCAGUUCUGUCAGACUUUGCGUAGUCCCUAUAUGCUUUCCUCUUUUCAUCAAUUUUCUAGUUUGUGCAUCGGGUAUUAUAUCGUUUGAGCAUCUUCUUUCUUGUUACCUCAUAAUCAUUUUUUAUUAGAAAUGAUGAGUCAAUAGUGAUUUUCUCUUGAUAUUUGGAUUGAAAGUGUGAUUCUUAUUCAUUACCGAUUGGUAUGAGUUGUUGAUCUAGAUUGAGCCUACUCCAAUCUUAAGUUGUCGCAACUAGGUGCCAUUCACUUAUUUAUUUUAGAUGAUUUGAGGUAGAUUUUUUGUUUUGCAUUGCAUACAUGAGAAGUUUAUUUCUCAAUAAAAAUCUUAAAGUUCC